GAGCUGAGAUAAAAAGUAAAGAGAAGAGAGCAGAGACGCGACUCCGAGGAGAGGAACGGGAGCAGCAGCUGGUCAGCAGAGAGGGAGGAGAGCGAGAAGGAGAGAAGGAGAGAAGGGAGGAGGAGCUCCUUCCACACUGAAGCGUUUGUUUCUCUGUCAAACUUCCUGGAAAUGGAGCUGUGCUCAGAGGAGCGCAGACAGGCUUCCUCGGGCUGAGAGGGUUAAGAGGAGGAAGGAAGCCAGUUUAGAGUGAAGCUGCCCCCACCUCCUCUGCCUCCUGCUCCUCCACCUCCCUCCUCCUGUCACAAAGAGAAGCGUCGAUCUUUGCUUCCUGCUGCUGAGAGGAGACGUGCGGAGGUCUGCAGCUGAAGCACUUCCUGUGUUUGUGAGGGUGGAAAGUUGCGCGUGGAAAGUUAAGUGGCUGUGGCGAUGGCCGGCGGCAGCUCGGAGCUGAUCCCAGAGCAGCACUGAGCGUGAGCAUGGAGGAGCAGCCACCACCGCCGCAGGAGGAGGAGGAGGAGGAGCAGCACGCUCCGCUGCAGGAUGGAGGAGAGGAGUCCACCUCCACGUCCUCCGCCUCGAACGCAGAGCUCCCCCGGGCUCCCCCGCCCCCCCCCUGCCAGCACAACAGCAGGACCUUCACAGGUCUGAGGAUCUUCUGCAGGAGGAGGAAAGCCAUCUCGAAGUCGGGUGCGCAGCACGCCGGGACUCCGGCCAACGUGUCGACGUCCAGUCUGAGCGAGUCGCCGCAGGAGCUGAGCAGCACCGUCGACUGGAGCGAUAACGCCCAGUACGGCGACCACAUCUGGUUUGAGACCAGUGUCUCCGGAGACUUCUGCUAUGUUGGAGAGCAGUACUGCAUCGCCAAGUCUCUGCAAACAGACAAAGGGAGGAAGAAAUGCGCCGGGUGUAAGAUCUCAGUGCACACCGUGUGCUUGGAGCAGCUGGAGAAGAUUAAUUUCAGGUGCAAGCCGUCGUUCAGGGAACCCGGAUGUCGAGCCGUUCGAGAGUCCAACGUCGUCCGGCACCACUGGGUCCACCGGAGGCGCCAGGCGGGCAAGUGUCGACAGUGUGGGAAGGGCUUUCAGCAGAAGUUUGCCUUCCACAGCAAAGAGAUCGUCGCCAUCAGCUGCUCGUGGUGCAAACAGGCGUAUCACAACAAGGUGACAUGCUUCAUGCUGCAGCAGAUCGAGGAGUGCUGCUCUCUGGGCGCUCACGCCGCAGUCAUCGUCCCGCCCACCUGGAUCAUCAGGGUCCGCAGGCCACAGUCGUCGCUGAAGUCCAGUAAGAAGAAGAAGAGGACGUCACUGAAGUGCAACAAGGCGAGCAAGAAGGGCGGAGAGGUCCAAGAUGGCCGCUGGAAGCCCUUCCUGGUGAAGCCCCUCCCCUCUCAGCUCAUGAAGCCUCUGCUGGUGUUUGUGAACCCAAAGAGCGGUGGGAACCAGGGAGCAAAGAUCAUCCAGUCCUUCAUGUGGUACCUGAACCCGCGGCAGGUGUUCGACCUGACGAAGGGCGGCCCCAAAGAGGGGCUGGAGCUGUACGCCAAAGUGCCCAACCUGAGGAUCCUGGCCUGUGGGGGGGACGGCACCGUGGGGUGGAUCCUGUCUGUUUUGGAUCAGCUGAAGCUCCGCCCUCAGCCUCCUGUGGCCAUCCUGCCACUGGGGACUGGCAACGACCUGGCAAGGACUCUGAACUGGGGAGGAGGCUACACUGACGAACCGAUAACGAAGAUCCUCUCGCACGUGGAGGACGGCAACAUUGUGCAGCUGGACCGAUGGAACCUGAACGUGGAGGCAAACCCAGAGGCGCGGCCUGAGGACCGCGACGAACACCAGACAGACAAGCUCCCCAUCGACGUCUUCAACAACUACUUCAGUCUGGGCUUCGACGCUCACGUCACACUGGGCUUCCAUGAAUCCAGAGAGGCCAACCCCGAGAAGUUUAACAGCCGCUUCAGGAAUAAGAUGUUCUACGCAGGGACGGCCUUCUCAGACUUUCUGAGCGGGAGCUCCAAAGACCUCGCCAAGCACAUCAGAGUGGUGUGCGAUGGGACGGACCUCACAGCCAAAAUCCAGGACCUGAAGCUGCAGUGUCUGCUCUUCCUCAACAUCCCCAGGUACUGUGCCGGCACCACGCCGUGGGGGAACCCCAGCGAGCAUCAGGACUUUGAGCCUCAGCGGCACGACGACGGCUGCAUCGAGGUCAUCGGCUUCACCAUGACGUCUCUGGCCACCCUCCAGGUGGGCGGUCAUGGUGAACGCCUCCACCAGUGUAAGGAAGUGACCCUCACCACCUUUAAGUCCAUCCCCAUGCAGGUGGACGGCGAGCCCUGCAAGCUGGCACCGUCCGUCAUUCACAUCAGUCUGCGGAACCAGGCCAACAUGGUCCAGAAGGCCAAGAGGAGGAUCUCCAUGCCCCAUCUCAAUGAUCAGCAGCCUGUUCCAGAGAAGCUCCAGAUCAGGGUGAACCGGAUCAGCAUGGCGGCGUACGAGGCCCUGCAUUAUGACAAAGACCAGCUGAAGGAGGCGUCUUUGCCGCUGGGAGUCAUCACCGUCCCCGGAGACAGCGAUCUGGAGACCUGCCGCCUGCACAUCGACCGUCUGCAGGACAACCUGGAGCAGGACGGCGAGGCGAUAAAAGGCGAGAGUCUGUCCUCUCAGAAGCUCUCCAUGAAGUGGUGCUUCCUCGACUGUACGACGGCGGAUCGUUUCUACAGGAUCGACCGGGCUCAGGAGCACCUGAACUACGUGACAGAGAUCUCUCAGGAGGAGCUCUACAUCCUGGACCCGGAGCUGGUCUCCAAGGAGACGGUGGGCACCUCCCCCAGCAUGCCUGACCUGGUGGACUCGGAGGAGCACCAAGACCAGCAGUUCGCUUUCCCCUGCUCGCCGUCCUCCCCCACCUCCCCUACCUCGUCACACAGAUCCCGAGACCAGAGGAAGAGGAUCUCCAGCGACAGCUCCGUGGUCGAUGCUUUGACUCAGAGCUCCCCUAAGACCGCCCUCUGCAGGCGAGGAGCAAAGAUUAUCAAUGUGCAUCGCUCCAACACGGCCGCGGCUGAUUUCAGACCCGUCAUUAGACCUCCUGCUGCUACCUCACACGACCCUGAAAAAGAUGCAGAGCUGAUCAGCUGCAUCAAGAAUGAAAACCUGGACCGGCUCCGAGAGCUCCACCAGCAGGGGGCGGACCUCCUGCUGCAGGAUGGAGACGGCUGCACGCUGCUGCAUCACGCUGUGGAGGCCGGCUGCAAAGACAUCGUCAAGUACCUCAUCGACAACGUGCCCACGUCCCAUUUGGAUGUCACCGAAAAAGAGACAGGGGAGACGGCGCUCCAUAAAGCCGCCACUUCCUGUCAGAGGAGCAUCUGCAAAUACCUGGUGGAGGCCGGAGCGUCGCUCAUGAAGACAGACCUACAGGGGGAGACUCCUAGACAGCGCGCCGCCAACGCCAACGACCCGGAGCUGGCUGAUUAUCUGAAGAGCUGCCAGCAUUACCAGAUGAUCCAGCGAGAGGACCAGGAGACGACCGUGUGACCUCCCGCCCUCCUUCGUAUUUAUCUGCAUCCUCUGCAGACAGACGGCCGGGUGACAGACUCGGCGUAGACGGCAACGUAUCAGAUCGUGCUUCUUGUCUGCUGUGUGGGGGCAGGACGAGUGAUAGUUGUGUUUUUGUCCAAACGCCUGAAAAUCCUCCAAACUACCCACCGUAACAACGUAACAACAUAAACACGUCUGGACACUAAAACAAAGUCAAACUAGUUUCCUCUUCAGGCCACAAAGACUCCCAGAUCUGGUUCAAACUGCAUUUUGAAUACGUCUUUAUCGACUGAACAUUAGCGGUCUGACCUCCGCGUGAAGACGCGCGACGGCGAACAGUGGCGGCUUUCAUCCGUCUGCAGCUGAACGCUUUCGCCGCAUCACAGAAAAGCUGCAAACGUGUCUUCUUUAAGCUUCUAGUGACCUUUUGGAUGUAUUUGUUUACUGGACAGAAAUAAGUGUUUGGAUAUUUAACUUAGGCUCACUCAGCUUAUUUAUGAAGUCUUUGUAGAGAUGUAACAGAUUUUGUUUGUGAUCAAACUGAAUUUUAGAGAUUUUAGUCACAUACGAGCGUAUUUUUUGUAACUUGUCGGCGUGUCACAUGACUGUAAAGCGCGUGGCUGCCAGCGCCAUGCUUUCUGUGAUGUGUUUAAAUAGCUGAGACGCCCAGUAGACUCGUCAGUGUUGGAAACAUUAAGCUGAAGCCAGACUCUGCCAAAGCAGUCACGCCCGUAUGAUUAAUAAUCACCUUUAGAUAGCAGGCAGGAUGACAUGAUGCUGUAUGAUAUUCAACUAAUAACUGUUUGGUUUGAUCAUUUCUGAGAGACCUGCAAUAAAGCAUGUCAGCAACA